GAUCAAAACAUCGAGCGGCUCCCUCUCUCUCCUCUCUUCCUUCCAGGUGACCGCCAACGCCACGUUUGAACGAAUUAAAAAAUAGGCUAGAGAUCUGUAAGUCAGCGAGAGCGAAAGUAAUGUAUAUAGCGAGAGAGUGACAUUGUAGAAUCUAGAUGGAAAUCGCCGAGACUAUAAAACCCUAAUUCCCUUCCCCAAAACCCCUCCCAAGACCAAUCGAUCCCACGAGAAGGUCAGAGAUCGAAGUCUCCAGAUGGCUCCGGCAGCGGAGGCGCAAAGAGGAGGAGGAGGAGGAGAGGCCGUGGAGGGGGUAAAGCUGAGGAGGAGGAAGGGACGGAGGUACUCGACUUACCUCCGGCGGUCGAGUUGCUUCAAGCCGGCCGGCGAUCCGCCGGCGGUGGUUGACAGCGGAGAUCGGAAGGCGGACAAUGGAGGCGGCGGGGAAGGGGAGCGUCGGAUCCCAACGCAUCUGGUGGUGACGGUGAAUGGCAUCAUCGGAAGUGCUGCAAAUUGGAAAUUUGCUGCAAAACAGUUUGUGAAGAAAUAUCCUGAAGAUGUUUUUGUUCAUUGCAGUGAAUGUAAUUACUCAACCCUCACGUUUCAUGGUGUUGAUGUAAUGGGAGAGAGACUAGCAGAAGAGGUCAUAUCAGUUGUCGAGAACCGACCUGAGCUUGAAAAGAUAUCCUUUGUUGGGCAUUCACUAGGUGGCUUGAUUGCAAGAUACGCCAUCGGCAUAUUAUAUGAAAAAGAUGUGUCGAGAAAACCUCCAGAGGAAAAUGAGGACUCUAAAACUUGUACAUCUGGAACCCAACAUGUGGAAGAAAAAUUAAAAGGAAAAAUUGCUGGACUGGAGCCAAUGAAUUUUAUAACUUUUGCAACACCUCACCUUGGCUCAAGGUUGCACAAACAGAUCCCAGUUCUCUGUGGCUCCUAUGCACUAGAAAAGAUGGCAUAUCGUAUUUCAUGGAUUAUUGGAAGAACAGGAAAGCAUCUGUUCCUAAAAGACAAAGAUGAGGGAAAGCCUCCUCUUCUCCUUCAGAUGGUCAAUGACUGUGGAGAUCUCAAAUUCAUGUCCGCUUUGCAAUCUUUCAAGCGUCGUGUUGCUUACUCAAACGCUUGCUAUGAUUUUAUUGUUGGCUGGAAGACAUCUUCAAUACGUCGUCAAGAUGAGCUUCCCAAGCGUGAAAGUUUUACAAAAAAUGGGAAAUAUCCACAUGUUGUCUAUGUGGAGAAACCAAAAACUACUAUUGUGCAGCAGGAAGAUUUUUCAGAGACAAUAGUUUCUGAACCAAAAACUGCAAGUGAGAUGGAAGAGGCAAUGAUCAAGGGUCUAACCAGAGUUCCCUGGGAAAGAGUAGACAUCAGCUUCCGAAAAAGUAAACAAAGAAUUUUUGCUCACAGCACUAUUCAGGUAAAGACACACUUCAUAAAUUCAGAUGGUGCAGAUGUGAUCUUUCACAUGAUCGACAAUUUUCUUUUAUAAUGAACACUCUCAGCUCUCUCCGAUAUAUAGUAUUGUUGUUUCUCCAAAUUAAGAUGCUCAUCCCUGUAUUUAGCUCUAAAAUUUUGCAACUAGGUUUAAGAAGCAUGGGGGAGAGCAUUUUUCUCCUAGUGUUAGAACAGGCUAUGUAUAAGAUUCUUAAAGAAUUGUAUCCCAGUAUGGGGAAGGAAGGGAAUUUAGAAAGUGUCACAAGUGUACAUGCUUAGAAGGAUCCACAAUUGGUGUAAAUUAUGGUAGAUUUCUUGUAGUUUUCUGUGGAAAUGUUCAAGAAAUCUCAAUUUUUUAGCAUAUAGCCCAAUGCCCAAUUGUGUAUUAAUGGUAUUUUCAGUUUCUCAGUAAUUUCAUGGAGUGAGCAGAACAAUGCUGAGUGUGUCUCUGUGCUUCUCUAUUCUCAUUCCUCUCCCCACUUCAAGUUGAAUAGAAGAAUUAUUUUGCAGCUAAACAGAGUCAAUGUUUUUUAUUUUGGCCUAAAAAAAUUUAUUUAGUCGAAUAAAUUUUCUGUUUAGCUUUAACUUUGAGAUUUUGUCAAGAACAAUUGUCGUGGAUGAAAGUCUAUCUUGCAAAAAUUCCAUCGGAUCAGUCCAUGAUUGAAAUCACUAGGCAAAUGUAUACCAGUACCAGUAAUGAA